AUGACUGUCUAUCGCAAAGUUUUUUGGUGCGCAGACUGCACUUCGGGCUUCUACGAUGAGGAUGAUCUCUACGACCACUGCGAGUGGGAGGAUCACUAUCCUGGCACUGAUGGUUUUGGGUGCUACCUCUUAGAACAUGCGAGGAUCAAGGGUCACUCUCGCUACGAGUGUGAUGAUUGUGGACGCCUUUUCGUCACCGAAGAUGCCCGCACCAAGCACGAAGUUGAGGCUCACUUCUUCUGCCGAGAGUGUGAUCGCUUCUUCCAAAGCAUCAACAAUAUCAAGCAGCACCUCAACUCCCGCACCCACCGUGGCCAAGAAAUCAAGUGUCCCUUCUGCCCCAACAGCUACACCACCGCCACGGGUAUGACACACCACCUGGAGAGCGGCAGUUGCCGAAACGCCCCCUCUUUGAACCGCGACUCCAUCUACCAGUUCGUCCGGUCCAAGGAUCCCAGUGGGCUCAUCUCCAAGAAGCUCAUCGGCUGGGAGGGUACCUCCCAAAACACGUACACUUGCACCGAUCGGGCCUGGAACGGGUACCGGUGGGAGUGUUACUUGUGCCAUAAGGGGUUUAACACCAGCCAUGGUUUGAAUCAGCAUCUGAAUUCGCCUGCUCAUCAACAAAACCUCUACCAUUGCCCCAACCGUUCAUGUCGCCAGGACUUUAAGACGUUGGCUGCUAUCAUCAACCACCUUGAGAGCGAAAAGUGCGGCGCCAUGCGGUUUGAGCAGGUGCAGAAAAGUAUCCACGGCAUGGUCAAUGGUAACCGGCUGAUUGGUUACUGA